AGAAUUAUUUUAGUAUGUAAAAGAAGUCGUAACUUGUAAAAUGUUUAGAAAACAGCUUAAAAUAAAGGAUUUAGAAAAUAUGGCUACAAAAAUAUAAUAUAAGUAGUUAAAAUAGAAUUUGUAUAAGUAAGACUGUUGAAAAGUAAUCAUUCAUAGCCAAAGGCAAGUGAAGAAAGUCAUUAUAGGUCAGAGUAACUGAAAGUCCAAAACAUUAAUCAUUUUAUAGAAUUUGUUCUCAGCUCAACAAGAUAUACUAAAGUAGCCUGAAAUAAAUAAAAAACAUUUACCAAAAGUCAAAAGAGUAGAAAAAGAAGCAUAACUUAAUGUAGCCCCAAGAUAAAGUGAUAAACAUGUGUUAAAACGGCCCAGAAACAUGUCCGGGUGCACUGACCGGCCCCAGAGCCAGAUCUUGGAACGGAAGAAAAACGAAUCCAGAUGGAUUUUCAGUAAAGAAAUUAUUCUAUGUACUAUAUAUAAUAAGAAAUAGAAAACUCCUCUCCUCCCCUACAUGUCCCUCCUCUCUCCCUCAGUUUGACUGCGUCUCCUCCCUAAUGACCUGUCCACCAUCACCAGGAGAGCUGGUAUUUAAUCCCUGUAUCAGCAGGCCACCUAUAGGAUGUAGUGAGGUUUGUGAAGGGCAGUGUAUUCUUCUGGCAUGACCCACUUACUGCUGCUUCAUUUUUCAUUUGUGUUGGGAGCUGCUGCUGUUCUCAACAACAGCACAAAUGGCUCUCAGCCCCACAGGCUGCUCAUUGGUUUCCAGGCUCCCUGGAACAUGUCCUUCCCCUUUAGUGCCUUACGCCUCGGCUCGGCCAUCCAGAUCGCUGUGGAGAAGGUGAACACCAACCCUUUGUUUCUGGGUAACUUCAGUCUGGAUUUCGUCUACACGGACACAGACUGCAAUCCCAAACUUUCCCUGCAGGGAUUCAUUCACCAGGUUUGGAAAGAGAAUGUGUCUGCACUCUUUGGUCCGGCGUGUCCUGCAGAGGCUGAGGUAACUGGUCUCAUUGCAUCUGCAUGGAACAUUCCGAUGUUUGGAUUUGUAGGACAGUCCUCCAAAACGGACAACAUGGGUGUCUACGACUCCUACAUCAAAGUGAUGCCUCCUCUGAAAAGGAGCUCCGAGGUCCUGGUGAAGACUCUGGAGUUCUUUGGUUGGAACUACGUGGCCAUGAUCGGAGGUGGACUGGAGUCCAACACCUGGGAUAAAGUGGACGCUUUGUGGAAAACGGUGGAGAAUCCACUGAGAGCCAAGUUCAAGCUGACUGCAUCGGUACAGUUUGACACCAGCAAUCCUCAGCUGGUCCAUAAAAACAUGAAGUACAUCUCCUCGAUGGCCAGAGUGAUUGUUAUUCUAUCAAACAAAGAAGACGCGAUGUUUCUCUUGCUGGAGGCUGAGCGUCAGGGUCUAAUGAAUGGUGACUAUGUCUUCUUUCUGGUACAGCAUUUUGAGGACAACAUGUGGAAAUAUGCCCUAAACAACUCAAUGAACAAAGCCGUUCUGAGAGCUUUCGACAUGGCCUUCAUUAUUGGUCAGAAGUCCUACGAGGGUUAUGAGUACUACGACUUUUUUGAUCAGGUGUAUGAAAAACUGAGGGGGGCGCCAUUUAGGAGCAACCUGACAACUGCCAGAGAGGUGAGCCCCUACGCUGCAUACCUGCAUGAUGCUGUGCUGCUUUAUGCCAUGGGGCUGAAAGAAGUCCUGAAAGACGGCAAAGACCCUCACGAUGGACGUCAGCUGCUAAAGAGUCUGAAAAAUAAAAACAGCAUUCGAUUUUACGGAGCCUCCGGACUGGUCCACUUUGAUGAGGAAGGAGAGAGGAAUCUGGACUAUUCCAUUUAUGACUUGCAGUACAUUGGAGACAAAGUCAAGUUUGUGCCCAUUCUCCAUUUUGACAGUCACUCCAAAAACAUCCGGCCAACAUCCCAGUAUGCCUCUUUGGUCUGGCCCAAAGGACGACCGCCAUCUGAUAAACCAGAGUGUGGUUUCAACGACGAAUACUGUGAAUGGUUGACCAAUGAUAUUGCUCUUCUGACCUUGCUUGUGACCUUUCCCGUCAUUGGAGUGCUGGCAUUUCUGUGCAUUGGACUUCUGGCUCUACAGAAGCUUCGCCUCCAGACUAAACUCGACGACUCCUGCUGGUGGCUCCUUCACUACUCAGACAUCACCAUCAUCAGAGAGCCAAGGGGGGGCCAGGGUCUGUCUCUAAGCACCACAAACAGUCAUAGUGGGAGUGGAGGGUCUCAGUCCAACUUCUCCAACAACAGCUACGGUCUGAGGGACAAGGCAGGCAGAGAGCAUGUCUACAUCACCAUAGGCCUCUACCAGGGGAACCAGGUGGCUGUAAAGUACAUCAAGAACCAUGUAGGCUGUAACCUACAGAAGACUUCAAUUAUCAAAGAGUUUAAUCUGAUGAAAGAGAUGAAACAUGAGAAUUUGGUGCAGUUCUUUGGUGUGUGUGUUGAGCCUCCAAAUGUAUGCCUGGUCAUCCAGUACUGCAUGAAAGGCAGUCUGAAGGAUGUUCUAAAGUCUACAGAUGUUGAGCUGGAGGCCAUGUUCAAACUCUCUUUUGCUUAUGACAUUGUAAAUGGAAUGGAAUUCAUUCACAAGAGUAACAUGAAAUACCAUGGGAACCUGAAGCCAACCACAUGUCUGGUGGACAGCCGGCUCCAGAUCAAACUGUCUGGUUUUGGACUGUGGGAGUUCAAAAAAACCAUCGCCACAGCAAAAACCCCCAGUUAUGAAGAGAUGUAUUGGACGGCUCCUGAGCUGCUGAGACAACCUGGACUCUUUCAUGAUGGGACUCCUAAAGGUGAUGUCUACAGCUUUGCCAUCAUCCUGUGGGAACUCGUGGACAACUCCAGGUCUGGACCAUUCCAUGAAAUCAACUUGGAGCCCAAAGAGAUUAUUUCACAGUUGCGAACGCCGUUUCAAGGGCUGCCUCUGCGGCCGAUUCUCCCUGAUCAUCCGUGUGAUGACAGCAUCAACACACUGAUCAAGGCCUGCUGGAGUGAAAACCCUGACCACCGACCACCAUUUGGGUCAAUACGGAGAAAACUGAAGGAAAUCAGUCCAGACAGUCAUGCAAACAUAUUGGAUAAUAUGGUGGAUAAGUUAGAAAAAUAUGCAAAUCACUUGGAGGAGGUGGUGGAGGAGCGGACCAAUCAGCUGAUGGCAGAGAAGGCCCGAGCGGACAAGCUUCUCUCCAGCAUGCUACCAAGAUACAUUGCGGAACAGCUGAUGGCAGGAAAACUGGUGGAGCCAAAAAGCUACGAAAUGGUGACAGUUUUCUUCUCUGACAUUGUGGGCUUCACGUCCAUGUGCUCUGUUAGCUCUGCGCUGGAGGUGGUCUCCUUCCUCAAUGACCUCUACAGUCUUUUUGAUGACAUCAUAAAGAUGUACGACGUCUACAAAGUAGAAACCAUUGGUGACGCAUACAUGGUAGCCAGUGGGCUACCAAUCAGCAAUGACUGCAAACACGCUUUGGAGAUAUCAACGAUGGCUUUGCAUUUCCUGAACGCUAUCAAGAACUUCAAAAUCCGACACAUGCCAAAAGAGAGUCUGGCAAUCCGUGUUGGCAUACACUCAGGUCCAGUGGUGGCAGGAGUGGUGGGCACCACAAUGCCCCGCUACUGUCUGUUUGGAGACACAGUCAACAUGGCCUCACGCAUGGAGAGCAACAGCCUGCCCAUGAAGAUUCACAUCUCCCAGGCUACUGCUGACAUUCUGGUCCAGGCUGGAUCAUAUGAACUGGAAGAAAGAGGUGAAAUUGAGAUGAAGGGUAAAGGCUGCCAUAAGACCUACUGGCUGCUGAGCAAAACAGCGUUCAACCCUCCUCCGAUAUGUCACAGCCCGCCACCUGCCGACUGCCUAAAAGUACCAACUGAGGUGAGGCUAAUUCUGGCCACACAUAUUCAAACUGUUGCUUUACUGCAUAGUCUUUCAUCUAAAACUGUAUUUUUAAAAUAUUUUUUCCAAGAAACUGGCCGUGGCCAAAGUUCCAGAGAAAAAGAAUCCAAAAAGCCUGAGCAAGGCUCACGGGACAGACACCAUGAUUCCGGUGCACAUCUGAUGGGAAUAGAGUUCACAACAGGAAUAUCUGUGUCAACGUUAACUCCACCAGCCAUGUGAAUGAUGUCACCAGCAUCAACUCAGACUUAGAUUAACGUUCAUGUGUUUUCUUCACAUUUCUUUGUUUGACUGUUCAUUUAUUUAAAACAAUAUUUUAUUUCAGAACCCCAUGCCAUCAGGAAAACACAAGACAACGGUUGAAGAGUUCUGUUAGGCAACUGGACAUGAGCGUUUCUCAAGAAAGACAAGACAAUAAAAUGUAACCACAGGAGUGUAAUGGUACUGUAACAUCUUGUAAAACAAGUAUAAAGUUACUUUGAUCUGGUCUCUGGGGUAUAUUCUGCUCUUUGCCCUGUAAUCUUGACUUUUGUUCUUUUUCUACUGUAGCAACAUGUGCUGUUUGAUUCAAUUAUCUUUGUUUGUUUCUAUUGUCACUGCAGUAAUGUGUCCUCAGUCAGAGGUGGUAAUUAUACACACACAGAUGAGAAGCAAUAUUGACAUGAUGUACUGCUGCAGAAACAUGAAAUAAUUUCAAAUGCAUUUGUUGUUCACUUUCUUUACCUCCUAGCACUUUGUCCUAGUCACAGUUAUAUAUCUAUAUAUAUAUAUAUAUAUAGUAUAAAUAUGGCCAUGAAA